AUGUCGAUAUCUCGUCGAGGAUUGUCGCUGUUCGUCGCCGUCUUCAUCGUCUUGCUUCAGUUUUCCACUUCUCUGAUUAGUUCUCCAAGUUCUAUAAUCAACCCUUCUAAAGUCAAACAAGUUUCUUCGAAACCCAGGGCAUUUGUGUAUGAAGGUUUUUUGACCGACCUGGAAUGUGAUCAUCUGAUCUCACUUGCGAAAGAGAAUCUGCAGAGAUCUGCGGUUGCUGAUAACGAUAAUGGCGAGAGUCAAGUCAGUGAUGUUCGGACUAGCUCAGGCACGUUUAUCUCCAAAGGAAAGGAUCCUAUUGUUUCCGGUAUCGAGGACAAGCUCUCUACAUGGACAUUCCUUCCUAAAGAAAAUGGAGAAGAUCUUCAGAUACUGAGAUAUGAGCACGGUCAGAAAUAUGAUGCUCACUUUGACUACUUUCACGACAAAGUCAACAUCGCCCGUGGUGGACACCGCAUAGCAACCGUUCUCAUGUAUCUAUCCAAUGUCACAAAGGGUGGAGAAACUGUUUUCCCUGAUGCAGUGGAAUCUUCUCGCCGUACGCUUUCCGAGAACAAAGACGACCUUUCUGAUUGUGCAAAGAAAGGAAUUGCUGUGAAACCGAAGAAAGGGAAUGCUCUGUUGUUCUUCAACCUCCACCAAGACGCAGUCCCAGAUGUCUUGAGCCUUCACGGAGGUUGUCCUGUGCUCGAAGGAGAGAAAUGGUCAGCAACUAAGUGGAUUCACGUGGACUCGUUCGAUAAGAUUUUGACACAUGACGGUAACUGUACGGAUCUAAACGACAGCUGUGAAAGAUGGGCAGUGCUUGGAGAAUGUGCAAAGAACCCAGAGUAUAUGGUGGGAACUGUAGAGCUCCCUGGAAAAUGCAGACGUAGCUGUAAAGCUUGUUAA